GGGCUUCCCAGUCCUCCGCGCCGCGCGGCUCUCGACUCCACCAACCAUCCCAGCUUCCAAAGGGGAGACAAGCGCUUUCCCUCAUCUCCCCCCAACAGAAACUACGUACCAUCUCGUGUAAAUUGCCUGGGAGUUAGAGUUACACCUGCGCCGCAAAGGUUUUUACUGGCGAAACCGCACGCACGAGCGGGCCAGCACCCAGCACCCAGCAGAAGCAGGGUAUUCCUCUGUUUCUCCAGCAGCCAGCCAUGACGUCGUGCGCGGGAGACGCCACGGUGGCGUGCAGGGAUGACGCGCGGCCGCACGGGGACGCGGCCUGCGGCGUCUCCUGCCCCUUGCUCGCCAAGCCCGCUGGGGAGGUCCACAUCCCGGUGGCCGGCGAAGACGCGCCUGCCGUGCCCGUGCUCACGACCAAGUCGCCCGGGCGGCUCGCCACCGCGGUGAAGGAGGCCCUGUUCGUAUUCCUGGGCAUGGCGUUCCCGAAGACGCCCGUGGUGUCGUCCAGCGACGCGCGUGGCGAGGCGCGGUCGAUUCUUGGCCUCGCGCUCCCGAUGAUUCUGACGGGCCUCCUCCUCUACCUCCGCUCCAUGAUUUCGAUGCUCUUCCUCGGUCGUCUCGGCGGCCUGGCGCUCGCCGGCGGGUCACUCGCCAUCGGCUUCGCCAAUAUCACUGGGUAUUCCGUGCUCUCCGGCCUCGCCAUGGGCAUGGAACCCAUAUGCGGCCAGGCAUUCGGCGCGGGCAACUUCUCGCUGCUCGGAAUCACCAUGCAGAGGACGGUGCUGCUGCUCAUCGCCGCGGCCGUUCCCAUCGGUGGCCUCUGGAUGCACAUGCGGCCUCUCCUCCUCCUCUGCGGCCAGGACACCGGCAUCGCGGCGGUCGCCGAGACCUACAUUCUGGCGUCGCUCCCGGACCUCGUCCUCCAGGCGUUCAUCCACCCCGUGCGGAUAUACCUCCGGGCGCAGUCCAUCAACCUGCCGCUCACGGUCUGCGCCGCGCUCGCCAUUGCCAUCCACCUCCCCAUCAACUACGUCCUCGUCACCGUCCUCGGCCUCGGCAUCAGAGGGGUGGCAUUCGCCUCCGUGCUGGCGAACCUGAACCUCCUACUCUUCCUCCUCGGCUACAUCUUCUUCAUGGGCGUCCACAGGCGCACCGGCGGCUUCGUGCUCUCCCGCGAGAGCUUCCGCGGCUGGGGCGAGCUCGCCAGCCUCGCGCUGCCGAGCUGCGUCAGCGUCUGCCUCGAGUGGUGGUGGUAUGAGAUCAUGAUCCUGCUGUGCGGCCUGCUGCUGAACCCGCAGGCAACGGUGGCGUCCAUGGGCAUCCUGAUCCAGACCACGUCACUCAUCUACAUCUUCCCUUCCUCCCUCAGCUUCGGCGUGUCCACCCGCGUCAGCAACGAGCUGGGCGCGAACCGGCCCGAGGACGCGAGCCGCGCCGCCACGGUGGGGCUCAUGCUGGGCUUCGCCUUCGGCGGCUUGGCGUCCGCGUUCGCGUUCGCGGUGCGGAACGUGUGGGCGAGCAUGUUCACGGCCGACCCGGCGAUCAUCGCGCUCACCGCGUCGGUGCUGCCCGUCCUGGGCCUGUGCGAGCUCGGCAACUGCCCGCAGACGACGGGCUGCGGCGUGCUGCGCGGCAGCGCCAGGCCCAAGGACGCCGCCAGCAUCAACCUCCGGUCCUUCUACCUCGUGGGCACGCCGGUGGCGCUCGUCCUGGCCUUCUGGCUCCACUACGACUUCAAGGGCCUCUGGUUCGGGCUCCUGGCGGCGCAGGCCACCUGCAUGGUGCGCAUGCUGCUGGUCAUCGGCCGCACGGACUGGGCGAGCGAGGCCAAGCGCUCGAGGCAGCUCACCGGAGCCAAGGACAGCGACGACAAGGCUGGCGGAGACGAGAAGUCGCGCUUGUUGCUUGGCGACACGGACAUGGAGAAAGCCAAUGCUCACUCUGAUCAGUGUUGAUAGCUACAGCGCCAGCCGCAUGUGUGCUUUGCUCUAAUCUACUCUUUUCCCCCUUUUCUAUUUCCCCCAUUUUCUAUGGCGGGGGAGGAGGAAUCAGAGGCUGACAGAGUGACAAUUUUGUUCGCCACAUUUGGUAAUUAGCAUGUAAAGAUUUUUCUGAUUAUUAUCACAGAGAUUGAACAUACAGUAUCUAGCGCUGACACGAAAGAUUCUUUUUU